AUGCAACGCUCGAAUUCAACAACCUCAUGCUGGCCAUCGGCUAUAGCUACGCGUGAUCAGGUCUUGCUGUCGUGGUUCAAGACGCCAGGGAAUCUCCAUCGCUAUCGUCAUGCACCCGCUCGCAGCAAACCAAGCAGCAAUCCAGAAGGACUUUCUCGGCCUAGCCUUGCGCGUGAAGUUCAAGAGAUGAUGGCAAAGGAAGGAUUAAAGUACCACUACCAAACUGUGAGGAACAUGCUCCAUUCAUGGUCAGAGAAAUAUGAUGUAGCCCAAGCGAGGGACAAGGCUGAUCCAGACGAUCCCAAAGCUGUCAAGGCAAUCUUCCCUUAUUAUUACGAGAUUCAACCCUUUGAACAUACCAAGCCAGCAACCUCUUCUUGUGAUGAAGGUUCUUCACAGCCAACUACUACUACCGCCAUGUUCACAAGGCAACAUAGCACCACCACCACAAUGACUACAACAACAUCAGCAUCAGGACCUAUUCCAUCUUCUUAUUGGCAAAGAUCAUCAUCCUUACAUGCUGAAGGUGCUGAAUCUCAAUCAUCCACUCUUGUGGACUCAGCAUCCUCGGUUACAAAGCAACAAGAUCCCUCAUCAUCAUCAUCAUCCAGCAAACAACACGAAUCCACCGACAAUGCUAUCAGUGGCCAUCCUAUCGAAAAUAACACCAAUGAAUCGGGUUCAACAGCUGUUGCCAACGACAUCCCACCAGGCUUUGCACAGUUGAUGCAUCAAUCAAAUGAAAACAUGCGACGUACAAUGGAUGUAUUACUACAACAACAGCAGCUUUUUGUGGGGUUUGUCAGAUCACAGGACAUGGAGAAACAAGCCUUGCUUAUUCGCGCCAUGCAUGAUGCAGGAUUGAGUAAGGAUGAGAUGCUAUCGGUUCUUCGGGGGUUUGAUGAACGUUAUCAAUCACAGCCAUUUCUUUAG